AUGGAGGGUGCGGCGCCGAAGCUUUUGCAGGCCCAGCAGGCCAGAGACUUGUACAUCGUGCUGGAGAAUGUCUUCGCUGAGAUGGAAGUUGAUUGGGCAGCUGUUCGUGAAGACGAGGACAGCCAGAUCGUACAGUUGACGGAGAACAGCAUCUGCUGUGUCAACAUCAGUGAUUGGGAUUCGAAUCAAACGAGGCUACCCGAGAUACAGGCCCUGAAGGAUUUGAUCGUUACCUUGCCGGGUUUCGAGGUCUCGAAAGAAGUCGAGGCCGGUGACAGCGACGAGGGCCUUGCUGUCAAUGCGACUGGUGAAGAUUCCGAGGGCGAAGGUCAGGAAGAUGAUGAGGAGGCGGGUUUUGCAGCAGCUGCGAGAGCCCGGCAAGGCUACGGAUACCAAGGAGUCUUGCCCUUCUACGAGAUCGAAUGCAAAGGAGUCUGCCCCGGCUACGACAUCGGAUGCAAAGGACUUCAACCAUUCAAGGCUCUGGAUCCCGAGGAAGCUGCAAGCCUGCUUGAGGCUCAGCAGAACAUGAAAGCCGAGAUCAGAAACGAGAACAAGAGAAAGGCUGCAGCCAAGUGUGGGGAGACCAAACCCAUGGCCGCCGAUCCCGCGAAGAAGCCCAAGCAGUCCAAGGACGACGAUCUACUCAGAGUAUAA